AUGAAACGGGCCCACCACCAAAUCGAGCCGGGCCCCGACGCCGGACAGCCGGAACCAGCCCCGGGGACGAGUUCGCUGCCGCCACACGGUUCCUGGGUGUUUCUCGACGAAAAUGGCAUCCCGGGUUUUUCGUGCCUUUGGAGUGGAUGCGGCUGGACGGGACCGGAUGCGGCCACUUUUACCGCCCAUUUCAACGGCCAUCGCGACCCAUUUUUCGUGCCGUUCCCCUGCCAAAUCGUCGGCUGCAUGCUGCAACUGAGCAGCUAUCAAAGCUACUGCUCCCACAAGGCCCUCCACCUGCACCACGCAAGAUUGGCGUGGGAGGGGCUGCAACGGCUCGUGCAGGACGAUUUCUUCAAGGCGUACGGGAGGUGCGCUUUCCCCUCGAUGUUCUCGAUCAGCUACAAUGGGGACCCGGUGCAAUGCCGAUAUGGCAAUUGUGGGAUCCAAUUCUCGGAGAUGGACACGUUUAUCAAGCAUGUCAAAGGGCAUCUACGCGACGCGAAACGAGUUGUGGGCGAAGAGCGGGCAGAAUUUCACUGCGGCUGGGAGGGCUGCGACUACCGGAAUCCAAAUCGAAGCUGCUUCAGACAGCACAUGCAACGGCACACCGGCGAGAAGGUGGUCGCCUGCCCGUAUUGUGGGCGCUUCUUCUGCACGACCGCCUCCUUCUUCGAUCACAUGCUGAGGGUUGCGGAAGGGGAUUUGAAAUGCACCGUGUGCGACAAAUCGUUCGCCUCCACCCGGCUCCUCCAAAUCCAUCACCGCGGCCACCUCGCGAAGGCGCAGUGCCCGGAUUGUGGGGUGCUGUUCGAGUCGGACUACGAGUUGAGGAGACAUUCCCAACGGACGCACGCCUCCAAGCUCUGCUUCCAGUGCGCCGUUUGCCAGAAGAUUCUCGCCGACGCCGAGACGCUCAACAACCACAUGACGAUCCAUAGAGAUCCCGCGCUGAAGUGCCCGGAUUGUGAGAUGGUGUUCAGGUGGAGGAAGCAGUUGGAGAGCCACCGGAAGCGCGAGCACGAGCCGGCCUCGAACGUGGAGAACUACGCGUGCGACUGGUGCCCCAAGAAAUACCCGAGCGGCACCUCGCUAUCAAGGCAUCUCAAGUCGGCGCAUCAGCAACAAGUCCCGUUCGGCUUUUCUCGCUUUGUCUACAAGAAGCACGAAGACGGCUUCCAUCGACUCCAGCACUCCAAGCUGCUCGCCGGGCCGCUGCUCGAUUCUGUCGUCUCGGGCGUCAAUCUAAUC